CUCAUCAACAUUCCAAGCCAAGCAAUUCAGAUCCUAGAGUCAAUCCGUGAAGAGUAUCGUAGAGUGUGAGUAAAAGCUAUGGCAAUGAAAGGGAAGAUGGUGGGAGUUGCAGCGGUGGCGUUGGUGGUGGUGGUGAUGGCGGUGGCCGUGGAGAGAGGGGAGGCGGCGAUAACUUGUACGAUGGUGACGCAGAAGAUGGCAGGGUGCGUGGGAUACUUGCAAUCUGGGGCGGGGAAACCAACUGCAAACUGCUGCGCUGGAGUUAAGUCGUUGGCUCAAUCGGCGACAACGACACAAGACAGGAGAACAGCGUGUGGAUGUUUGAAGCAGGCUUCAUCUGCCGUACCCAACGUUAAGCCCAACGCAGUCUCCUCUCUGCCCGCCUCCUGUGGCGUCUCUCUGCCCUUCAAAAUCUCCCUUAACACCAACUGCAACACGAUCAACUGAACGUGACGGCUAGCAGUGAGAUAUAUGGAGAGAGUAGAAGUAGCUAUAUUAUCUAAAUAAAACACCGCUCUUGUGGCGGCUGCUGUCUUUCUCUACAGUCCAUUCUCUAUCUAGUUAUAUGUAAGAGUUCUGUACUUAGCACGCUUGUAGCAGAUCCGUAUUAUGUACUUGUGAUGAAUAGAAUUUUAAUCUUAUUUUAA